AAAGUAACCAAUCACGUAUUUUCGUCUUUAUUGUUGUUUUGCUGUGCACUGUGCACAUCCCGCCUAAACAUUUGCCGGUUUGCCAUUCGACCAUGUACAGGCACGUCGCGACAAUCAUUUGUGAAUAGUCAACGGUAAUUCUUAUUCGGCGAAAAUAAGCGUGAUCUCAAGUAUGAAAAAGCGAGUAUCAGUGAUCUAACGACUUCUCAUUGUAGUGCGAUCUUCAAUAUUACACCGACUCAACCCUUCCAUUAACAAAAAAAGCUGCCAUUACAAAGUCAAUAUUCUGGCUUAUUGCGUCUAUCUGCAAAAAGUGGAUUCCCAACAUGGAAGCUGCAAAAAAUAGGCGAAUUCAGAAGCAAUCAUCACAACCCGCUCAUAAAAAAAAAAUGAAUAAAUUCACUAAUGACAACCUGUCGUGCCAAGGCAAGUUGCCGAGCCCUAAGUUGGUCCACAAAGUGAUGGAAGAUACGGACAACGGGAACAUGGUGAAACGACCAAAGAUGGAGCCAAAGUUUGAUUUGCUGCAUCUGAACAGCAGUGACGAGAAUAUUCCGAACCAAAAUCCUGAAGUUAACGAUACCGAUGACGAAUGCCAAAACGGAGGAAACAAUAAUGAAAAGAAUGCAAAACACGAUGACGAUGAUAACGCUCAUCGCGGCGAUAGUGACAGCGACGACGACAAUAGGGAUAACGAUAACGAUGACGAUAACGAUGACAUCAAAAAAGAUCACCAUAACACGGAAUCAUUGUCGUCGUCAUCGGACGAUGAGGACGAAGAAAUCAGUGAGACUGACGAUAAUGCCGACAUGAACGAGAUCCUCAGUUUCAAACCCGGAACGACGGCAGCUGACAUUUUCACCAGUGUUUUGGCAUGGACAGUGGGACACGGCAUAUCCCUAGCACCAACAUUAAGUGUUUUGAAAUUGUGGAAUUUUAUCUCGACGGAUGCGCAAUUGCCAACAACAGAGACAAAUUUUAUAGAAGCAAUUGGAAGAAAAGACGAUCCUCCGAUCAAAUGCCAUACAUAUUGCCGCAAAUGUCAAACCGUCAUUGACUUCUCCACGGUUCCGAUAGCGAAUCCCACCUGCUGUGGUACCUGUGGACCGAUCGAACCUGAGCAAACAAAUCCUUUCUUCGUCACAGCAAAUAUAAAAUCGCAGUUGCAGACGAUUUUGGCUAUCCCGGGUAUACAAGAACAGCUCCAGUACCGUUUCAAUAGGAAAAAAAAUCGCGACGAUGGAAUCGAGGACAUUUACGACGGGAUCGAAUACAAACGUCACUCCGAACCUGGAAAUUUUCUCAGUUUUAAAUGGAAUUACUCUUUCACGAUUCAUAUCGAUUCCUGCCGAAUAGCUCGCUCAUCGUCGAAGGCGUGGCCAGUACUCUUAACGUUGAAUGAGCUUCCGCCAGAACUGCGUAAGAGACACGUAGUUUUAGCAGGAAUAUGGGUCAGCGAGACGCCUGUAAAGCUUGAAACAUACUUAGUUCCAAUUUUUGAUGAUCUGUGGCUACUUCAUUCAUCGGGUAUUACCUGGAAGCCCGACGAUUCGAACGUUAUGACGAGUAAAUUUAUUCCGCUAAUUUGCUUAGUCGGAGCAGAGCUCCGUCCGGACCUUCUAAAUAUGCAUAAGCCCAACGAGCCGUUCGGUUGUCCUUCGUGUUACGUAGAUGGCAAACAGUUGAACAAUGAGAGAGUGUAUCCGGUCGAAGAAAAACAAAAAUAUCGCUCAGAUAAGGAACUCCGGCAACACAUGGCGGAUGCAGCAUCGUCAGGUGAACCGGUUAUGGGAGCGAAGGGCGAUUCAAUUGCAACGCGAAUACCAGGCUUCGACUUGGUGUCCGGCACUGUCGUCGACAGUUCGGACGUUAUAUUCAUGGGAGCCGCCAAGGAGCUCGUACAGAUGUUUAUUUCAAGCCCAACGACGAGUCGCUGGUACCGUGGCGAUCGAAAAUCGUUGAAAAAAAUUAAUGAAGUUAAUUUGUGUCCUACCGAUAGCAUCGGACGCGAGCAGAAACUGAUAGAAAGCUACAAAUCGUGGGACGCAACCGAUUGGAAGCACUGGCUGCUUUAUUACAGCGUACCGUCCAUGCUUUCAGUUGUAAGACGAACCGAUCACGACCUUUUGGUCACUUUGUCAGACGCCGCACACUUGAUCAGUGGAAACAUGCUGACUCUCGACGAACUAAAGACUGCACGAGAGCUUAUUCAAAAAUUCAUAUAUGGAUUUCAAUCCACUUUUGGGGUUGCUAAAAUGUCUCAAAAGAUUCAUCUUCUCAAUCACUUGGCUGACACCGUCGAAAACUGGGGCCCUCUGUGGGUUCACAGCAGUUAUCCCUUCAAAUACUGCAAUCAAGAGUCAAUCAAAUUGGUGAGCAGUCGAAAAGCCAAUGCGUUACAACUUUGCCGGGGAUAUUUUCUUCGUACGUUUGUUGAAAAUAUCUACAACAAUAGUACGGUCUCGGACACGAUAAAGUCGCAGGCUUUGACUACUCUAAACAGCGGAAAAGAAGGUUCACCCGAAUUUUAUUUACGUAAAGGUGAUUAUCGCUAUUUUCAUGGCAUUGGAUCCGCGAAACAAAGUAAGCGCAACCCACUCGCUUGGCAAAACAAACUGCUUAAAGAUCUUGGAAUAAAAAAUGCCAGCAAGUUCACACUAUACAAUCAAGCCCUUAUUAAAGGAAUCAAAUACAGUUGCAAAGGCUACUCACCAGACAUUAACGACUCGUUCGACGAAAAUGCUAAAUGCGAAUAUCCGACAAUGCUGUACACGAAAAAUAAUGAUUUGGGAGAAAUCAUAAGCAUCGUCAGCUUUAUUGAUGUUGAGGGAACAACCAUGAACGGCGUUUUCAUUCAAUUCAUGGAUGACGCCGAGAAACGCUUUAAUACAGCGCACAUUCGCCAAUUGAAGGAAACACCUGACAAAGGUUUCAUCUUGGCUGACGAUGUUCUCGCACCGGCGAUCAUUCUCUCGCCACUGUAUGCUGACACUCGUUACGUUGCACGGUUGGCUAUUCCAUGGGAAUAAACUGUCUUUUAUUGAUCAAAGGAAAUCAAUAGACUGAUCAGAUAUUAAGUACUAAUUUUUUUUACUCGAACUUUCUCGCCCAAAAACAUUCUCGUUUCUAAUUAAGCUUUCAAGAGUUACAAGUAUUUAUAAGAUCGUUAAUUUCAUUUUCAAUACAGUUCCACUGUAUCAUUUGAGCUUUAAAUACUUACGAGUAUUGUACGAGUGUUGAUUUAAACGAAAUA